UUCAUGGCCUAGAAUUUUUCGAGUGCCUCAUUAUUUACGAAAGAUAAAUGAAGAAGCCUAUGAUCCUAAAAUCAUUUCUAUUGGUCCUUAUCAUCGUCAAAAAGAUCAUUUAAAAGAAAUGGAAACACUCAAGGUGCGUUUUCUAAACGAUCUUCUUCGACGAAGAGAUGAGAAUGGUGCUGAAAGAUACGCGGAGGUCAUGACAGGUAUGAUGAAAAGGGCUCGUAACUGCUAUGCGGAAUCUUUGGUUAUUUCCAAUGAAGAAUUUUUAGAAAUGAUGGUUCUUGAUGGAUGUUUUAUUGUCGAGCUAAUUCACAAAUUUGAUGACGGUAGUUAUCAGACUGAUCCUAUCUUAAAUGUGCCUCAGAUUACCAAAAACAUUUUGAAAGAUUUGGCACUAGUUGAGAAUCAACUUCCCUUUUUUGUACUAUGGGAGUUGUUUGGCGAGAUGACUGAAGAUCCAAGCCCAUACAUUUUUAUUAUUUUAAAGAUGUUUGAAAGAGUAAUGCCAGGGCUCAGGAUUUCUGAAACCUAUGAUGAAAACUCAAUGAAAAACCUAAAGCAUCUAAUAGAUUUACUUCGCACCAAUUGGCUUCCUUCAGAAGAUUCAAUGCGUGAAUACCAGAAAGUGCAAGAAGAUGGUGGGUGGUCUUUCAUUCGUUCUGCUACAGAACUUAGAGAGGCAGGAAUCAAGUUCAAAAGGAGUAACAGAUGCAACUUGUUUGAUUUAAAGUUCGAAAAAGGGACACUUUACAUUCCAGCUUUGAACAUUGAAGAUGAUACAGAGAGAUUGUUUCGUAAUAUCAUUGCCUGUGAACAGUUUGACCACCGGGGAUCUCCAAUUUACUUAUCUCAAUAUAGAAAAGUCGUAGAUUGUCUCAUCAAUACGGGGAAGGAUGUGGAGUUACUUUGUCACAAAGGGAUAAUUAUGAACUGGUUAGGCACUGACGAAGAAGUUGCUGAGAUGAUUAAUAGGCUUGGAACUGAAGUUCUUAUCAGCAGCAAGCACUUCUUUUACGCCAAGUUAUUUAAUGACGUUAACAAUCAUUACAAUAGACCUUGGAACAGAAGGAUAGCAAGCUUAAGGCACAAUUAUUUCAACACUCCUUGGACAUUGAUCUCCUUUCUUGCUGCAGCUUUCUUGCUUCUACUUGCUCUGCUGCAAACAACAUUCACAAUUUUCCCUGUCUUGAAAGUGCCAGAAACCAUUUUUAUGGAGGGAACGACGUGGAUCAGCAGAUAGCAUCGAGGUGUGUGAGAAGUGCAAACUGUUCAAGUGAUGCAUCUGUAGACUAGU